CACAGUAACUAUAUUUUUUGACAUUUGUGUGAGUGAGGUUAUGUUAUUAAACGUCAAAGUGCUUUAGAUUUCAAAACCGGCGUUUAUUUACAAAUAAUUUACUUACUAAUACGAAAAUGUGGUCUCAAAAAUUAACUAGAAGUAUUUUAGAUAAAACUAAAAAUACAGUAUUCAAAGUACCUAGAUGGAAACCCGUGAUAUCGUCACGAUGUCUCCAAACCGAAGGUCGUACUACACAAUCCCAGUCAACCGUUGAUGCCGCUGAUGUCGAGUUCUUUUCAAAACAAAUGAAUGAGUGGUGGGAUCCGUACGGAAAAAUGCGUCUGCUACAUAGUAUGAAUUUAUUGAGAGUUCCUUUUGUCCGAGAUGGCCUCGUAAAUACUGCACAAAAAGAAUUGUACCCGCUCAAAGAUAAAAAGAUAUUGGAUGUUGGCUGCGGAGGAGGUAUAUUAUCUGAGGGACUAGCAAGGUUGGGCGCUUUCGUUACGGGGAUUGAUGCAAGCGAGGAUCUCAUCCGAGUGGCAGACGAACAUAAAAAUGUUGACCCAAAAAUAGCAUAUAAUAAACCUGUAUACCUGCAUACUACUGUAGAGGACCACGCCAAGAAAGUUUCCAACCUCUACGAUGGCGUAGUAGCAUCUGAAGUUAUAGAACAUGUGCAGAACCAAGAAUUAUUCGUCAAAUCCUGUGUCCACACUUUAAAGCCAGGAGGGAGGAUUUUCUUCACAACACCAAACAGAACGAGAAUGUCACAGUUUGCUGUUAUAUUCCUCGGCGAAAAUGUACUCAAAUAUAUACCUCAAGGAGCUCAUCAGUUUGAGAAGUUUAUCACCCCUACUGAACUCACUUUCCUGUUAGAAAGAAAUAAUUGCCAUGUGGAACUAACUUACGGCGUAACUUUUAACCCAGUUACUGGUAAAUGGGACUUUUCGGAAUUCCAACAAUUAAUGUAUGCUAUUCAGGCUGUGAAAUUAAGUUAAGUGAUGUUGUGGUAAGAAUUUAAUUCAUAGGCGUUUGUUUGUUCGAAAAUAAGUUGUGCUUCACAAUCAAAAUACAUAUAUGUACUUGUUAUUUGUCAUUAGAAGUAAAAGUGUUAUUUAUAAAAGUGGUUGCAAUAUAACUACCUUAAUUGUUUUUA